AUGCCCGCAAACAACGAUCUUGUCCUCAUCACUGGCGUUUCAGGCCAUGUUGGCUUUGCGGUCCUCCGUGAGGCUUUGGCAAAGGGCUAUCGUGUCCGCGCUGCCGUUCGAAGUGAGGCCAAAGCGAAAUUGGUCGGGGAGAACUAUGCUUUGAGAGGCCUGAAGACUGUACAAUCUGUCCCUCCAUUCCCAUUCGCAAAUCUCAGCGACUCAACAGUUUCCAGGACAACAACCUGGACUUCCUCAUCAUCCCGGACUUCCUCAUUCCAGGAGCCUUCGACACCGCCGUCCAAGAUUGCACCUACAUCAUCCACGUCGCCUCCCCACAAGCCAUCAAAGGCGACUUCGAAUCCGCCAACCUCGACGCCGAAGUCGUCCAACCAGCCGUCCAAGCCACCCUCGGACUCCUCGAAAGCGCCGCCAAAACCCCCACCGUCAAACGCAUCGUAAUCACCAGUUCCGGCGCAGCCAUCACUCCCCCGACCGCCUGGCUCAACACUUCCGGAUCCAGCUGCACCAGCGACACGCGCCUCCCGGAAUUCGACCCGCCGUACGAGAAUCGCCUAAUGGCGUACGUCGCAUCGAAAGUCGCAGCCUUGAACCGCGCCGAACGCUGGAUCGAAGCCCAAAACCCCGCCUUUGACGCCGUCCAUCUCUUCCCCUCGAUGGUCUUCGGCUGGGACCCCCUGACGCAGACCGAAGCGGACCUGCAAGGCUGCACGAACCGCUUCAUCGUCAACCACGCGCGCGGACAUAACGACGCGCACCUCCCGACGCGCAGCAACAAUUACUGCCUCCUGGAGCAGGUCGCGCGCGUGCACGUGCAAGCGUUGGAUUUGCUCCAAGUGCCGGGCAAUCAGGGCUAUCUGAUCACGAGCGACGGGGACGAUGGCAUGGAAUAUAACGAUAUCGAUGCCCUUGUGCGGAAACAUUUCCCCGAGCAGGUGGAAGGGGGGGUUUUCCGGCAGGGGGCGGGCAUGCAGACUGUGCGGUUGCGGGUGGAUAAUAGGAAGACGGAAGAGCUGUUUGGCUUUCGGCAUGCGGGGUUUGAGGCGUGUGUGGUUGAUACGCUCAAGGGGUAUUUGACGUGGAAGAAGGGUGGUGGGUGA